UUUAAGUCCGCCUCAAAAAAUAACAUAAAAAAGUAAAAAGCAAAGGAAGGAAAGAAGAGUUUCUCUGUCUACUUUUAUCUUCAUCACUUAAAAUUUAUCUGAGCUCCAUUCUGAGUCCAUCCCUCACUUCCACUAUUAUUCACACACUUAUAUCCUCAGCUCUCUUUCCCUCUCUUUCCCUCACAAACACAACAUUUCCCUCUUUCUCUCUCAGGCUCUCCGCAGCUCUCUGUCUCCCUCUUCACUUUUUCCCUACUUGCUUGCCACUGUGUUGUUUUUUUGUUCAUGUCUCCCUCAUGAUUUUCAUUGCAGGUAAAAAAAGGGCCAACAAAAGUGAUGAUAACUCAGUAGUACCUUAAUACCUCUAUAUAUACCGUACACUUAUUUAUUUUCAAUAUCAUUUUUCAUCCUUAUUCAUCAUCCGUAUUUUGUGAUCUGUAUUUCCAUUUCUGUUCAUGUUAUGCAAGUACCUGUUGCAAGAAAAAGAUAUAAAGUUGAUUAAUUGAUAGUAAAUAAAAGUUUUUCCACUACUUACCUUUCUUUUUGUUCAAUUGUGAAACUAUCUUAUUUAAUUUGCUAUUAUUUUUCGUUUGUUUAACGUUGAAACGAGCUAAACGCAAAACCAAAAUAUAGUCAAUGCCAUUGGCAGUAAAUUUGUUUGCAGUUUCUUCGGCCAACCAUUAUAAAACAAGUACGACAAUUAACUUGACUUGAAAAAGGACAUUUCUUGGAUGGUUAAAGAGAAAUCUUAUCCAGUUGGAUUCGCUAAUCACCACACAACGCUACCAACAUCUCAAUCCUCCUCAUUGUUUCCUACUUUGCUUUGACUUUCUGAAGAAGAAGAAGUAAAGAAGAAACGAAAAAAAAGAUUAACUGCCACAUUUCUUUCUAUUAACACCAUUAUCCUUCAUCCUUCCUUUUUGAUCGUCCCAUUGACAAAAUCUAGUUGAUGACCAUGGACAUAAAUCAAAUCAGCCUCAUAUGUAAAAUACUGCUUACUCUAUUGGUUUGUCAAAUUAUCUCAGGUGAACCAAGCCCAAUUACCAACGACAUCAAUGCCAUGAUAUAUUUACAACGUUUUGGUUACAUGAAUGAAUCUGGAGCUGCUAAUUUAAUUGCUAUAGACAAAUAUCAAGACGCAAUAAAAGAUUUUCAAAGAUUUUCCGGAAUAAAUGAAACAGGUAUCUUGGACGAGGAGACAAUAUUAAUGAUGAAUACACCUCGAUGUGGCAAUAAAGAUCACAAUGGUCAAGUUGAACAUGCAAGAAGACGUAAACGAUAUGCUUUACAAGGAAGCAAAUGGCGGAGAACUGAUUUAACUUAUAGAAUAUCCAAGUAUCCAAGAAAAGUGAAGAAAAGUCAAAUCGAUGCGGAAAUUGCUCGUGCUUUCCAAGUUUGGUCUGAAGUGACACCAUUGAAUUUUAUUCCUAAAAAGGAUGGAAGAGUCCACAUUGACAUAAAAUUUGUGGUUGGUGAACAUGGUGAUGGAGAUCCUUUCGAUGGUCCAGGAAAUACAUUAGCUCAUGCAUAUUUCCCACAAUAUGGAGGUGAUGCUCAUUUUGACGAUGAAGAAUACUGGACCAUUGAUUCGUAUACUGGAACCAAUCUAUUUCAAGUUGCAGCUCAUGAAUUAGGACAUUCUUUAGGCUUAGGUCACAGUUCCACUCGGGAAUCAUUGAUGGCUCCAUUUUACCAAAGAUACAAGCCAAAUUUCAGAUUAUCCAAAGACGAUGUAUUGGGUAUUCAAUCACUUUACGGACCAAGAACUGAACCACAUACGACUACACCACCAAAAGAAACUCCAUACUCUCCUCCAGCUAGUUUUCCCGGUUCAACUCCAGAGCCUGAUAUUUCUGAUGCUCCAGAUUUGUGUCAAGAUGGACGAAUCGAUGCUGUUACCCGUAUUGCUGAUGGUACAACUUAUGUCUUCAAAGGUAAACAUUACUGGAAAGUAGAGACAAAUGGAUUAGCUGAUGGUUAUCCAAGAAGAAUCUCCGAUGAUUGGGAUGGAUUACCUGGUGAUAUUGAUGCUGCUCUCACUUGGGCUGAUGGAAAAACUUUCAUCUUCAAGGGACAUCAAUAUUGGCGUUUCCAUAAUCGUAAAAUGGACACUGGUUAUCCUAAAAACAUUUCACUUGGGUUCGCUGGUAUACCUAACAACAUCGAUACAGCAUUUGUAUGGAGUGGAAACGGAAAAACCUAUUUCUUUAAAGAUAAACUAUAUUGGCGAUUUGAUAGUAAAAAUGAUCCACCAGUUAGCAGCCGAUAUCCUAAACCAAUUAAAAAUUGGGUCGGAUUACCAAGUAGCAUUGACGCUGCCUUUAAAUGGGAAAAUGGAUUAACAUACUUCUUCAAAGGAACCAAUUAUUAUCGAUUUAAUGACAAUGACUUUGAGGUUGACAGUUCAGCUAAACCUCCUUUCCCUCGACAAACCUCGGUUUGGUGGUUUGAUUGUAAAUCAGCAGCCAAUUCACCUUUCCGUGGUAGUCUAGUUUCGGGUCAGAGCAGGUCAAAAUUUAUUGGAGCUUUAAUGUCAAAUACAAUGGACGAUAUAGAGUCAUCAGCUGCUUCAUCUUCCAUAUCUAAAUCAAACGCUGGUUCAACCCGAUCAACCUCAAGUUCAUCCUCAUCUUCUUCUGGUUCAAACCGAGAUUCAAGUCUUUCAGAUGAACAAAAUAAGGAAUGGACUAUGCACGGUCGAUUUGAUCAUCGUGAUCUUGCUGCCGCUGUUUACAGUCAUGCGAUAAUCUGUAAGACUAACAUGAUACUAAUGGCCUUAUGCCUGAUGUUAACGGUCAUCUCAAAUUAACUCAUCAAACAAAAUACACUUUAAAGUAAUAGUAACACUCAAUAGGAAAGCAAACAAAUAACAGCAACAAUUAAAUGAAAAUCCAUUCCAUUAAGGGACAAAAUUAACAAUCAAAUAACAAUGAAACAAAUUUCUCUUUCUCUCUUCAAACAAUCAAACCCAUCCAUUGGCCGAUCAACAUUUAAUCAACAGUUAAUUUGCUCAACUAACACAAUUGCGAUCCCAAAAGUGCUCUCCUUUCAUCCUUGUUUUGAUUGGGUUAACAGGAUAAACAAAAUUUUGUCCUUUUCCUCUCCUUUGCUUGCUCAUGUUUGUUGACAAUUUAAAACUGAUUGACAUGAAUCAGACUAACAAUUACAGACCAGCUUUUAACAAGUCAAAUAUAAUUUAUUUAACAACCUUGAUUAUCUCCUUGUCAUCCUCAAACAGUCGACAAUCUAAUCAAAUGUUGCGAUCUCAUUGCAACCCAGCUUUUAGCAAUCAACAAAAUAAGGGAAAUCAUUUCUCUAUUUAUUAUUAAUGAAUGCUAUUUAAUUUAUUUAUUUAAUUCUCAUUUCAUAUUCUAUCUUUAAUUAAUCAUUGACAUUUUUAAAAUAUCCAAAACAUAAACAUAAACACAUUAAUACCAAAAAAUUAAGGAUUCAGGAUAAUGAUGAAGAUGAUGAUGAUGAGGAUGUCUGAUAGUAAUCAUUAUAGCCCAUUAAAAGUCAAUGGAACCAAUUAUUACUUUCACAUCAUCAUCAUGCUCACAGUCAAAAUCAAUAACCUCAGGUUUGUUACUUUGCUAAGUAUCAUUAGAUUGUCGACUGCUUUUUAGAUGAGUAAAUCCUUUCUAACCAAUUUUACAUACAAUUGAAUCUGUUGCCGUAAAAAAAUAUUUCACUAAAAUAUCUGCACAUUAAUUCAAACAAACAACACUGAAUUGUAGUUCACUUGAACUCUCAAUGUUACCUUGACAAUGAUGAAAAAUGAUUCAAGUAAAUUGUAAUAGCAUCAAUUACAAUUACAAUUAGCAACCCUUUUUUGUCUGUACAGUCAAAGAAAAAGGUAAAUUCAUUAAUAACAAUUAUACAUGCCACACACACAAUCAGAUUGAACGGAUAUUGGCGUCAGUUAAUCACUUUUCCAACAAAGAGUAAUAUUACACAAAAGGCAACAGAUUCAAUUAAAAUCCAGUUUUGUGUUAAACUUAUAUAAUCAAAAUUAAUUGCUAGAUUAACACAAGACUGGAAGAGAAAGAGCGAGAGAGGAAGAGAAAGAGUUAGGAUGUUGUGACAGAUAAUUUAGUAAAUCAAAAUAAAAGUAUAUAAUAUUUUGAUAAUGAUAGUGAUUAAAAAGGCUUGAAGGGUUAAAUUGUGAAAAAUUUCCUAAAUCAAUCAGAUAAAUUAACCUCAUUCUUUCCUUUCCUUUUAAUAGAGAGAAAGAUAAAUAUACAAUCAAAGCCAAAUUAAUAUGAUUAACUAGGGCCAAUAAAUUGAUAUGCCAAUGUAAUCAAAAAUUAAUUUUGUUAACAACUGAAGCAUCAUCACAAUUAAUGCAAAAACAAGAGUAACCAGAGUCACUGAUGAAACGCCAUUUCUUCCUUCCCUUGUAUUACAUUGAUUGGAACCCAUUUCAUCCCGUCAACAUCAUUACGCUAAUCAUCAUCAUCAUCGUCAUCUUCAUUGUAAUUGUUGAUUAAUCUUUGGCUUUCCAUGGACACUUUGAACCACCAAUCGUCACUAAACAAUUAUAGGAAGGUUAACCAGAUUAAACCAUUGAACCAUUCAACGCCUCGACUCAUUCCAUUUUCCUUGAUGCAAAUGGUGUUUAAUUUGGGUUGGCAGAAGGUUAAAUCACUCAUGAUAGACUCACUAGGAUUAAUUACAAACUCAGAACAGCUCAGAUUCCAAGUCACUUUAAAUCAUCUUUAAUUUUCCUCAUUCAUUGGAUCCAUUUGAUGUACUGCUUUUGUUGGUUCCAAUCGAUUAUGGCGACACAAGUCUCAUCGUCUUGAUUAUCCUCUUCUGGAUCAUCGUUAUAAUAUACUAAACAUAAACUAAUCAUCGCUUAAUCAUCAUUCUUUCCAAUUUUGUUCAUCUUCCAAACGAUCUCAUUCAAUUGACCUUUUCUUGAAUUUUUUAUAAAUCAAACUCAGCCAAAAUGGUUAAAAUCAUCAUUAUUUCAAUUUUGAUUGGCCAUUUUGUCCUCUCCUCAUCUUAAUAUAUAUAAAUAUGAAUUUCAAAACAAUUUCAUUUUAUAAAACGCUAUUUAUAUACCAUAUUUUGAUAUUCAAAAAAAAACAAAAAACAAUAAUUAUAAUUGUCAACAGUAGAAACAAAUAAUUGUAAUCAACUGAAACUCUUUUCCCCUCUGAUAACUCAAUGAAGAGUAAAAUUAAUUUGACAUCAUUAAAAAGACAAACACUCAACAA